AUGGUGAAACCACUCAUUGCCCCAUCUAUUCUUGCCGGUGACUUUUCAAGGCUUGGAGAAGAAGCUCAUAGAGUUUUCAAUGCAGGUGCCGACUGGGUGCAUCUCGAUAUAAUGGACGGCCACUUUGUGCCGAAUAUUACUAUGGGACCACCUGUUAUUGCCAGUCUAAGAAAAGCAGUCCCUAAAGACAGCCAGAAGCCAGAGAAAUAUUACUUUGACUGUCACAUGAUGGUUUCCAAUCCAGAACAAUGGGUGGAACCUAUAGCCAAGGCAGGUGCCGAUCAGUACACUUUCCAUUAUGAGGCUACAAAGGAGCCAUUGAAGCUCAUAAAGCUCAUCAAAAGUUCCGGAAUGAAAGCUGCUUGUGCUGUUAAGCCAGGUACUCCGGUUGAUGUUUUAUUCCCGCUUGCCGAAUAUUUGGAUAUGGCCUUAGUUAUGACUGUGGAACCUGGCUUUGGCGGUCAGAAGUUCAUGGCCGACAUGAUGCCAAAAGUUGAGGCCCUCAGAAGAAAGUAUCCAAAGCUCAAUAUUCAGGUUGAUGGUGGAUUGGGUGACAAAACCAUCAAUGCUGCCGCCGAAGCUGGUGCCAACGUUAUAGUGGCAGGAACAUCUGUUUUCAAAGCUGAGAGUGCCAAAGAAAUGAUUGAUCUGCUUAGGGAUCGUGUUUUCCAGAACUUGAAGGAGAAAAAUCUAUUGGAUUAG